UGAACUGAAGCUCCCCUGCCCUAGAAAAACCAGAGAGAGACAGAGAAAAAAAAGAUAGACAGAGAACCUUCUUCCACCAGUAAUGGCGACCAAAACCCCCAUCUUCCCAGUAGCCACUCCCCAACACUACAGCGACUACGGCUUCGAUCCCCAGCUCCAUUACUUCCAGGCACUGGAGGAAUCGCGCAGACACGGCACCAAAAGAAGCGAAGGAUCGCGAUCCUGCGCAGAAUCUCUGCAUUUCAAGCUUCAGAAGCCGAUUUCGAAGGAGGAGAGAUCGAAGACGAAAAAGCGACGGCAGUGGUGGAAGAACGCGUUCGGUAUUUUCUGGAAGAGGGGGAGAAGCGCCGUUAGGGUUCCGUCGGGACCUCUGUAUGUGACGGAGAGCGCGGCGUGCCGGACUAAUUCAGGGCCUCUGAGGGCGGCGGAGUUCAUGGGGAUUGAGGUGCCGUACUUUAGCAUUAGGGAUCUUGAUGUUAUGGCCGGUGAUGGGAUCUUCGCCGGAGAAUAUGGGGUGAGGCCGAUCUAUCUCGUUACUUGAAUGGUUAAUGAGGUUUCUGUGUUGGUUUUGAUUGCUCUGCUUCUUCGUUCUUCAGAUUCCGAUCCGAUUCUGAUUCUGAUUCUGCUGUUUGUUAUUGUUAUUGAUAGAAUCGGAUCUUAGGGUUUUGCUGGUUUUGCAUCAAUGGCGGAAUGAAAAGGAGCUUUAAGGCUGUCAUCCUUUUUACUUUCUACCAUGCGCGCGCUUUCUGUUAUCUUUAUGCUUUGCACAAAGCAAAAAGAAGAUCUACAAUUACAUGCAUGCCACUAAAUUCCUGUGUAUUUGCAUAUCUAUGAAAAAUAUUACAUUAGCA